AUUUAUUUCCGGUUAACAAUGCAAUUAUUGACUAGGAACGUUCUAAAAAGAUUGACAAAUGUACCUUUACUUAGUUUUUCAUCUAAAAAGGAUCUUUAUGGUAAUUGAUGUAGAAUUAAAAGUAGAACUUUUGGGAGUAGCAAGAAAUGCUUCAUAAAAUGAUAUUAAGAAAGCUUAUUAUGGAUUAGCAAAGAAAUAUCAUCCAGAUGCAAAUCCAUCAAAAGAUGCAAAAGAAAAGUUUGCAGAGAUAAAUAAGUAUGAAUAAAUAAAAAAAUAAAAGUGCAUAUGAAACAUUGUCAGAUGAAAAUAAGAGAAAGGUUUAUGAUUAAGUUGGAAUGACAGGAGAUGAAUAAGAUUAAGCAGGAGGAUAGGAUCCAUUUUCGGCAUAUAGUAGUUUUUUUAGAUAAGGAGCAAGAGGAGGUAAAGCAUAAGAGUUUUAAUUUGAUGAAUCAAUAUUUGGAGAUUUUGCAUCAUUUUUUAAUAUGGGAGGAGAAUCGGAAAGAUAAAUAAAAGGAGCAGAUAUAUAUAUAUAAUUGGAAAUAUAAUUUAUGGAUAGUGUUAAUGGAGCAUAAUAAACAAUUUAAUUUGAGAAGAUAGGUGUUUGUUCUACUUGUAAUGGUAGUAAAUGUAAGCCAGGAACAGCACCUGGAAGAUGUACAAAUUGUGGUGGUAGAGGUUCAAUUAAUUACAGAUAAGGAGCUAUGACAAUAUAAAUGGCAUGUACUAAAUGUAGAGGAACAGGAGUAUCUAUUAAGAAUCCAUGUAAAUAUAUAUUUAAUAUAUAAUUAAAUAGGUACUACAUGUAAAGGUGUUGGAAUAUAAAAGUAAGCAGCAACUGAAUCUAUAAAUAUUCCUAAAGGUAUUGCUGAUGGAUAGAAUUUAAGAGUAACAGGAAAAGGAAAUAUCGGGGAAAAUGGAGGAAAACCUGGAGAUUUAAUUAUUAAAAUUUAAGUUAAACCAGAUUCUUAUUAUAAAAGAGAUGGAUAUGAUUUAAUUACUAAUACUUAUAUAUCUGUUGCUUAAGCUGUUUUAGGAGAUUCAAUUAAAAUUAAAACACUUAAUGGUGAAAAACUAAUCAAUAUUAAACCAGGUAGUUAAGAUGGAGAAAAAAUUAGAUUAAAUGGAUUAGUAUAAUAUUUAUAUUUAUAACUAGGGUAUUACUAAAUUAGCACCUAAUACAGGAUAAAAAGGAGAUUAAGUUAUAAAUCUUAAAAUUCAAAUACCUACCAAAUUAACUGAAUAAUAAAGAUAACUUUUUGAAGAAUUGGCAAAAGUAUACUUUUCAUUUUUUAUUCUUUUAGUUAGAAAAAAAUGAAACUUAAGCACAAUAAUCAACUUAAGAAGGUGUCUUUGAAAAGGUUAAGAAUAUCUUCUAAAAAUGAAAAUCAUAAUCAAUUGUUUAUAAAACCAC